AUGUUCAGGAGCUAUACAGUCAACUUCAACAGAUACCGGUUCCACAUGCAAUGGCUGGGAAUGACAUUUCACUUUGGAAGCAGAAAUCAAAUGUGUUUGAUAGCUCCUCAAGUUGAUUGGUGCAAGCAUAUAUGGUUUUCGCGCGCAGGCAUUUCCCCGACAUGGUUUCAUAGCAUGCCGAAACAAGCUCUCAACGGGAUCUCGUAUGUGGCAAUGGGGGUGCUUUCCAAUCGUGUCCCCUUUGUGGUGAGUUGGAUGAGACAAGAGAUCACUUGUUCUUCGCUUGUCCAUACUCUUACACAAUUUGGGACAUGCUCAGCUCGGAAAUUCUUGGAGCUCGAAUUAAUCAUGAUUGGAAUGUUACGAUUCGAUCUCUACUCCGAAACCGACUAUCCCCGAUUGAUAAUGGGCUUCUCCGUCUGGCAUUUCAAGCAACUAUCUAUUGGUAUUGGAGGGAGAGGAAUGGGAGAUGUCAUGUAA